UUUCCUACAAACUUUCAAAUGUGAAACACUGUGGGGGAGGCAAAGUUCGCUCGUUAUUCAACUCAGAUCUCUUUCUCUCUCUCACGACGUCUACCCACAACCUCUCUGCGCUUCGAUUUCGCCGGAUUUCACUCCCACUUCCCAUGGCAAGCAUGGUUCCAUCCAUCCAUCCCCAGCUGCUGCCGUGGACUGCCCACGACUGUGCCUGAGUAGUUUCCGACUUUGACUGGCCGCUCAGAAAUCGAUUCCAACGGUUUUGGCUUUUGGGGUCUAUCGAAGAGGGAACCGGCGGGAAGGCUGUCGAUGGAUGAAUCCAGCUCGUUCUGGUUUGGUAAAACAUCUUUUAGUUGAUUAUACUUUUGCUGUUUCGUUGGAUUCGAAAUGGAGGCCAAAGGGGCUGCCGCGGAGGUCCUGAAUCCGGCGUCUGUAGUUUCUGUGGAUCAUAAGAGGGAUGCUUAUGGGUUUGCAGUGAGACCUCAGCACCUGCAAAGAUACCGAGAAUAUGCAAAUAUAUACAAGGAAGAAGAGGAGGAGAGAUCUGAUAGGUGGAAGGACUUCUUGGAAAGGCAAUGUGGAUCUGCUCAAUUGGAUGGGUUCGAAUCGUCAAAUAAUAAUAAUGUUAAGUCAAAUAUUGAAUCAGCACCUGGAAAUCAUAACAACAAGAAAGGUUCUGAAGCUGAAGAUUUUAGUAAGAAGAAUCCCAAGAACUGGAGUGAAAGGAAUAGUGCAGAAGCCAAUAUUCAACAAGCCCAAAUGUGGAAGGAUAUUAGACCAUCUCUUUGUAGAAUAGAGGAUAUGAUGAGUUCCCGUGUUAAAAAAAAGGCUAACCCUGUUCUAAAUGGGACCGGUGGUGAUAUGAAAAAGUCACUCUCUCCAAUUGAAGAGGCUAGACCUGGAAAAGGGGCAUCUGAUGAAGACUCUGAUGAAGAAUUCUAUGAUUUGGAGAGAUCAGAAUCAGAUUCCCCUCAUGACAUUCCAUCAGCAGAUGGCGCCCCUGCUAUAGAUACAAGAAUGGCGGUCGAUGCUACUAAUCCAGAAUCUCUACCUCCCUUGAAAGAUGAACUGGAAUGUCUUGUUCGUGAUGGGGUUCCCAUGGCAUUAAGGGGCGAGCUAUGGCAAGCCUUUGUUGGUGCUAGAGUUCGACGUGUGGAGAAGUACUAUGACAAUUUGCUUGCUCCGGAAAGUAAGUUAGAAAAUAAAACAAGGGCACUGGAUGACAAUAGUCAAGAGGAAAAUCAUGAGUCUGUGGGUGUUCCUGAAAAAUGGAAAAUCCAGAUUGAGAAGGAUUUGCCCCGUACUUUUCCCGGCCAUCCUGCUUUGGAUGAAGAUGGUAGAAAUGCCUUGAGACGUAUACUUACUGCUUAUGCUCGCCAUAAUCCUUCCGUUGGCUAUUGCCAGGCCAUGAAUUUCUUUGCGGGCUUGUUGUUGCUCCUCAUGCCAGAGGAAAAUGCAUUUUGGACUUUAGUCGGCAUUCUGGAUGACUAUUUUGAUGGAUAUUAUACAGAAGAAAUGAUAGAAUCUCAGGUUGACCAACUUGUUCUUGAGGAAUUGGUGCGUGAAAGAUUUCCUAAAUUGGUAAACCAUCUGGAUUACCUGGGAGUACAGGUAGCAUGGGUGACUGGGCCAUGGUUCCUCUCUAUAUAUAUGAAUAUGCUUCCAUGGGAAAGUGUUCUUAGGGUCUGGGAUGUGCUUCUUUUUGAAGGGAGUCGUGUAAUGCUAUUCCGGGCAGCACUUGCUCUUUUGGAGUUAUAUGGACCUGCAUUGGUUACAACUAAGGAUGCUGGUGAUGCAAUCACACUGCUGCAAUCGCUAGCUGGUUCCACCUUUGAUAGCAGUCAACUUGUCUUCACUGCUUGCAUGGGUUUCCAAAAUGUUCAGGAAUCACAAUUGGAAGAACUAAGGAAUAAGCACCGACCUCCGGUCAGGGAAGCAUUGAAAGAAAGAACUAUGGAAGCUAAAGCUUGGAAAGAUUCCCAUGGUCUAGCUUCCAAGUUUUAUAGUUUCAAAAAGUCUCCUGAUUUAUCAAUUAUAGGAACUGCUAAACAUGAACAAACAGAAUCACCGACAAAUGGCAAUGUCUCUCAUGUGGAUUCGUCAUCUGAUAAUGAUGGUUUAUAUAUGAGCAUGAAUGGUACUCCGGAGAUUGACUCUGCCAAAGAUCUUGAAGAACAGGUGGUGUGGCUUAAGGUUGAGCUCUGCAAACUGAUUGAUGAUAAAAGAUCAUCUGAGCUAAGAGCGGAGGAACUUGAAACAGCAUUGAUGGAGAUGGUUAAACAUGAUAAUCGGCGACAAUUAAGUGCAAGGGUUGAGCAGCUCGAGCGAAAUGUUGAGGAGCUUAAGCAAGCCCUUGCUGAUAAGCAGGAGCAAGAAAAUGCCAUGCUUCAGAUCUUAAUGAGGGUAGAACAAGAGCAGAAGGUAACAGAGGAUGCUCGAUUGUGUGCGGAACAAGAUGCUGCUGCAAAUAGACAUACUGUUCAAGUGCUUCAGGAACGGUAUGAAGAAGUAACCGCUUCCCUGGCUGACAUGGAGAAGAGGGCUGUCAUGGCAGAGUCCAUGCUAGAGGCUACCUUGCAGUACCAGUCUGGACAUGGCAAAGCACAGCCUUCUCCUCGAUCCACCCAACAAAGUAAUCCGGAUUCCUCACAGGAAAUUCCAACGCGGAAGAUUGGUUUGCUCUCUAGACCAUUUGGAUUAGGAUGGCGUGACAAGAAUAAGGGAAAGCCUGCAAAUGCGGAUGAGACGAACGGAGAACAUAAUGCCAGCCUUAAGCAAGAGACGAAUGGCCAUCCGACUGACAAAGUAUAAAGUUUGGGGUCGAUCCCAACACUUGCAAAGGCUUUUGUUCUCUAAUAAUAUGCAAGGUUUUUGGAAAAUAGUGGCCAUCAAAUAUAUAGAUGAGGUAAUGUAAUGGUUCAUUCAUUAUUGUGUUUUUGGGUGACACAUAUUGAAAUGUGAAAUGAAUUAGGAAAUGUGAAGAAGUGUUUUCUUGUCCAUAGAUACAUAUGAGCUUUUAUUAGCUAUAUAGCUAUUGAGGAUGUAAGGAUUUGUUUCUAAUUGUGUUUUGGAAUUUUAUACAACUUCUUAAUUAUAUAGAAAAUUUGUUG